AUGAACGGGCAUCAUCACCAGCUCACGGGCGCGGAGCUUGAGCGACAGGUUCAGAGGCUGCAGCAAGAUUCUGACAAGGCGGCAAGAGAGUUCGAGGAGGCAAAAGCAGAAUUCGAGAAGGCGCAGCAGAAAUACAUCGACGCCAUCAGGCUCAAUGGAGCGAGAUAUACCUCUCUCAUGUCCGCCCUCGCCAUCCGCAGAACUGUCCACGGCCAAGAUCCAGAUUCUGAAUCAGAGUCUCGCAAGGGACGAAAAAUCAUGUCUGACGGCACGAAGCUGAACGGCGGAAGUCCGAUCCAUCAGUGUCGAGCUUCUAUGGAACCUGUUAGUGGAAGAUGGAAGGAUAGGAUCUGUACACAGUACGAAAUGACGGGAAUCUGCACCGGAACGCGAUGUCCCUUCAUCCACAAGCUCCAGGAGCUUGUGAAUCCGGCCUCGAGUCGUAUCGCAUUGGAUGCGCACGAUCAACGCGUCGAUCCUUUGUACCCAUGCCCACCUCGGUCUUCUUGGAACGCCUACAGCAGGGUCCCAGACAUCAAAAAGGUGUGCCCGAACCUUCAGAUUCUCGGAUUCUGUGAACAAAGGUGCGACUUUUUCCAUGGGCCAAAGCUUCACGACGCGGUGAGGGCUGUUAUUCAAUGGACCAUGCUCAAGACGCCGUGCCCGGACGGGGGACUGUGUCGGCGCUUUGAUUGCAUUUAUGGUCAUAGGUGCCACAGGCCGAGGUGCAGGAUGGGCAGGAGCUGCUCCUUUGAUAUAUCGGCACAUCACCUGGAGGAGAAAAUUGUGAGGUAUCUCAGGCCCUGGGAGGUUACGGCUGAAGCCAAGGGCGAGCUUCCUGUGAGCUCGCCGGAGGAUGAGAGUGCGGAGACGGAUCAGAAUAUCCAGGUCAUGUUGAAUUCGAUCUUAUCGACCUGUGACGGACUAGUUCGAGGAGCGUCAAGUCUGGCCAUAAAGGAUAGAGUUUUUGAGGGAUAGUGAGUGCUUCUGGGACACUUAAUGGCACGGGGCUGGUAUGGAUACGUGGAAUGUCCUCGUCUUGGAGUGUUGUCCG